AUGGGUGAAAUUGACGGCUCCAACAACCAGGGGGUUGUCGAAGUUGUAGUUGAUGAUAAGAAAGGAAACGUCACAGAGAAAGUGGUGGAAUCUGAUGAGAACAUCGCUGAUAGCCUGACCAAAGAAAAGGAUGCUCAGGAUGCACUUGCCGAUGGUGAUGAAGAGUAUGUCAACGGGCAUCCAGUUAUUCGAAAUGGACUUGACGUUUCCAAGUUCCUCAUUUCAACCAGAGAUGAUGGCGAUCCAUCGUUGACCUUCCGUUCCAUUGCCUUGGGCACCAUGUUUACGGCAUUGUCCAGCGUGAUCACCAUGCUUUACGUUUUCAAACCAGUCCAAGUUCAAGUCUCGGCUACUUUUUUGCAGUUGCUUGUCUUUGUAUUCGGAGAAGCAUGGGCGCGUUUAACACCAAGUGCCGACAGGUUCAAGACACCUUGGCUACGGACCACACUCAAGUUUCUCAACUCUGGACAACCGUUCCAACUUAAAGAGCAUGUUAUCGCGUCUCUCAUCGCUUCUUCUGGUAACAACGGUCUGGCUGGUGUGGAGGUGUACGCCAUCGAGCGACUUUUCUACGAUACGAGUAUCUCCGCUUCGACUGCUGUUCUCGCCACCUUUUCGAUCUCCCUCUGCGGUUUUGUCUUGGCCGGUGCAUUGAGGUCGCUGAUUGUCUAUCCUGCUGAGAUGGUAUAUUGGUCCACCUUGCCGCAAGUCGUUCUCUUCCAAAACCUUCAUUUCGAUCGUAAACUCAAUAAAGAACGACUCAAGAAGUUUGGUUGGGCACUCGGUUUGUCUGCAGUUUGGGAAUUCUUCCCUUCCUAUAUUGUGCCAUGGGCCGGAGGUGUUUCCGUCUUCUGUCUUGCAUCAAUGAAAGCUCCAACAAAAACCCGGACGAUCUUUGCAACCAUCUUCGGAGGUGCCUCUUCGAACGAGGGAUUGGGACUUUUCAACUUUGGUUUGGAUUGGCAAUACAUCCAGAGCACUUACUUGUCGCUUCCUUUCAAACAACAAAUCAACUCGUGGAUUGGCUAUUUGAUUUGGUACCCUGCCAUGCUCGGUCUCUACUACAGCAAUAUCUGGAACGCCAAAGACUUCCCUUUCAUGUCAACAUCACUAUUCUCAAGCAACGGAACUACAUUCUCGACAACUUCGAUCCUGAAUAGCCAGGGAAUUAUUGAUGACGCCAAAUUGGCGGAGACAGGAUUGCCGUUCUUGACUUCCAGCACCGUCUGGGGAUACUUCGUACAGAACCUUGCCAUCGGAGCACUGAUCUCACACGUCCUGAUUUUCUACAGCAAGGACAUGGUCCUUGCGUGGAAGCAAGCGCGGACCAGAAGCCAGCCUGAUCCUCACUACCAGGGAAUGUUGAAGUAUAAGGAAGUGCCACAAUGGUGGUAUAUCGCGCUCUUCGCCCUAGCCUUUGUCGCCGGAAUUAUUGUCACAGCUAAGGGCCAAACAACUCUUCCAGUCUGGGGAUACAUCAUUUCCCUCCUUGUGGGUGCGUUCAUGGCUCCUUUCUCUUGCAUCCUCUACGGUCUGUAUGGAACCGGUGUUGGAACUGGCCAGUUAUCCAAGAUGGUUGCUGGUGCCGUCCACCCUGGCCGACCACUUGCCAACUUGUACUUCGCAAGUUGGUCUCACCAGGUCAUCUUGCUCGCCGUCAAUCUAGCAAACUGGCUCAAAGUAGGCCAGUACACAAAGGUCCCCCACCGCGUGAUGUUCGGCACUCAGAUUUACGGAACUCUCCUCGGUGCAGGUCUGAACUACGCCGUGAUGACCACAAUUGUCGAUAGUCAAAGAGAAGUUCUCCUCAGCGCCGAGGGUAACAGUAUUUGGAGUGGCUCGACCCUUCAAAGCAUGAACUCGCAGGCUAUUACUUGGGCCAUGGCAAAGAGUAUGUACAGCUUGAACGGCAAUUACUGGAUCGUGCCUAUGGGCCUCGUCAUCGGACUUGUGCUUCCAGUGAUCCACUGGGGCCUGAUCAAAGUCUUCCCCCGUAUUCGCGAUUGGCCGAUCAAUACCCCCAUGAUUGCUGUCUAUACCGGAGUGAACUACUACGGUAACACCUCAUGGGUUUGGUCUUCUAUUGCAGUCGGUGUGUUUUCUCAAUUCUACCUUCGACGCAGACUGCCGCAUAUCUACAACAAGUACAACUAUCUUAUCGGAGCCGCGAUGGACGGAGGAUCUCAGAUUGUCAUCUUCGUUCUCUCGUUUGCUGUCUUUGGUGCGAGUGGAGCAUCGCACCCCUUCCCGACUUGGUGGGGAAACCCUUCCACCAAUGCAGAUUAUUGCUCGUAA